CCUAGUUCGCUGCGAUGCUGCUGUGUGGAAAGCUGCGGGUCUGUCUGACAGCCACGCUGGGGAAGGGAGCAAUAGGCUGAUCUUUCCCCCCGAUCAGACACAUCGCAGGUGUAGAGAUCUGACCUGAUUCGUAGACGGAACCACGGACUACACGAUCGUACCACGAAAAGGCUCCUUUGUCAAAGCGUUAGGACAACAAACCAUUUUUCUUUUCUCCCAUUGCAAUUUUGCUUUUGCUCUUCUGCAGCAAGAAACCCCAGUUUCUAUACUGGACAGAGAGGGGCUGCUCAGUAUCGUACGAGGUUGUAUGUAAACUGCAGAGACAGAGGCAAACCGGUUGAAAAAAUAGUGAGGUUUGUUAUUUACUUAAAAAAUAUAUAUAUAUAUAUAUUAAGAUUAAUCGUUUACGAAUCAAAUGAAAAUGCGACCUGGAGAGUGGAUUAAUCAGACCGUUGUACCAUGUUUCCUUAAAUAAAGAAAGAUUAAGGGGAAAAAUAAUAUCUAUGAGUUUCCACAGCAGUACUACUCAAGUCAAUUGUUUGUCGUCAACCAGGUUUUACAUGAUAAGGAGCAGCGGACCAGGAUUGUGUGCUUUUCGGGUUUAUUCUGUGUUCUCAACGGAACAGCAGUUUUUCCUAUUUGAGGUGCUGAAUUUCUCCCCUGUGCCUGAGAUUGCCUAAACGGUGGUUUGUUAAAAGGAAGGGUAUCAGUCAGCACUUUGUACCUGAGAAUCGGCAGCCAGGGGUCUGGCUGGGAAUCGGAGACAGAGCCAAUUCCAUUAGGAAAAGAAAAUGCUCCAAAGAGCCUGCAUUCCGGACUUGAAAACAGACCUGGAGCUGCGUCAGCUGAUCGUCUUUCAAAUCACCGGCGAGAGUUCGAUUUACAAGACAUGAACCCUCCAAGAAAUGAGUCUCCUGGGCAUGCUGUAGGGACUUAAAUAAGAGGAGCGCUAAAACAGCGAGACACAGGAUACAUUUAACCCACUGGAAUAGAUACCAUGCAAGUCUCCCACUGACGGAAAAACUGAAAGUGGAUUUUUUUUUUUUUUUUACAGUGUCGGUGUUUAGUUUUUUUAAAACAUUUUUCUUUUUUUAAAGUGUGUGUAAGGAUCUAGCUCUGUAUUCCAUUGUUAAAUAUUACUUUUUAUUUUUUUUUUACUUUUCAUUUAAGAAAGACUUUGGAUAUAGACAACCAGGCACCCAGCAGAUUGCAGCAAUACGGUGGCUUUAUGUCCGGCUUCAGUGCCCAGAGUUUCAGUAAAGCAGGGCACUGGCAGCCAGGUAGAGAAUGGCUAAGCUAUUGCUCAAACUACAACGCUACUUCCGAAGGAAGCCUGUGCGGUUCUUUUCCUUCAUCAUCUUGUACCUGACGGCUGGGAGUCUUGCAUUCCUGCAUUCCAGCUUCGCUGGGGAAUCUACGGAGACCAGUAAGGAACCAGUAGCUGUUGAAACUAUAAACGGAGCUCUGGUCACUCAGAACCCGGGCCUGAUCGGCAGGGUCUUCAAGGAAACCCCCAAACCGUCGAGGCGCUACGGGCCGCCCUGGCUGAAACCCGCCUCCAAGGAUCAGUCAGAGAGGGGCAGAGCGGGCAGCUGGAGCCGUGCCCUCAAAGGGAGGAGCACCAGGGACCAGGAAGAAAGCAGGGCCAAAUACAUUGGCUGUUACACCGACAACACCCAGCAGAGAGCUCUGAGAGGAUCGUCCUUUUUCGACUACAAAAAGAUGACUGUGUUCCGUUGCCAAGACAACUGUGCAGAAAGGGGCUAUAUGUAUGCAGGUCUGGAAUUUGGAGCGGAGUGUUACUGUGGACACAGGAUCCAAGCCCCCAACGCCAGCGAGUCGGACUGCAACAUGGAGUGCAAGGGGGAAAAGAAUAAUAUGUGCGGAGGGACAAACCGGCUCACCAUCUUCAGACUGGAGCUGAGCCAGGAGUCAGCCAGGCGAUAUGGGAGUGCAAUCUUCAAAGGCUGUUUUAGAAAACCAGACAACGUCUCCUUCGCUCUGCCAGUCAGUGCCCUAAUACCGAACAUGACUGUGGACAAGUGUGUGGAUUUCUGCACAGAAAAGGAGUACUCCCUGGCAGUCCUCGCAGGUCAAACCUGCCACUGCGGCUUCCCAACGCUGCGCUUCCCCCUCCAUGAGCGCGAGGACGAGCAGCUCUGUUCACAGCGCUGCAGUGGAGAGGAGUUUGAGAGCUGUGGCAACGAGGACUACUUUGUGGUGUAUCAGACACAGGUGCAAGAUAACCGCUGCAUGGACAGACGUUUCCUGCCCUCUCCCUCGAAGCAGCUCAUUGCACUGGCCAGCUUUCCCGGGGCUGGUAACACAUGGGCUCGGCAUCUCAUUGAGCUGGCCACGGGCUAUUACACAGGGAGCUACUACUUUGACGGCUCCCUCUACAAUAAGGGUUUCAAAGGAGAGAGGGAUCACUGGAGGAGCGGGAGGACGAUCUGCAUUAAGACGCAUGAAAGCGGGAGGAAGGAGAUUGAAUCCUACGACUCGGGGAUCCUGAUGAUCCGUAACCCCUACAAAGCGCUGAUGGCAGAGUUCAAUCGGAAGUACGGGGGUCACAUCGGGUUUGCUUCUCAAGCUCACUGGAAGGGGAAGGAGUGGCCCGAAUUUGUGAAAAACUAUGCGCCGUGGUGGGUGUCUCACACACUGGACUGGCUGAAGUAUGGGAGGAAUGUGAAGGUCAUCCACUUUGAGGACCUCAAGCACCAUCUCUUCAGCCAGAUGAAAAAGAUGGUCUCCUACCUGGGCCUGGAGGUGUCCGAGGACAGGCUGCUGUGUGUCGAAGGGCAGAAGGACGGUAACUUCAAGCGCUCUGGACUUCGCAAGCUGGAGUAUGACCCUUACACCCCCGAGAUGAGGAGGAUGAUAGAUGGCUUCAUCAAGAAGGUGGACGAGGCUUUGAAGAUGAAGAACCAGACUGGUGUCCCAGAGGACUACAUCCCGAGAUGAUAGCGCUCCUCUCAAAACUCUUUUGUUUCAUUUUUUUUUUUAAGAAAAAAAAAGUAGUUAUUGCUGAUUUCUUUCAGCCAGCUUGUUUUUCUUUCACAUCCAGUGGGUGGAAAACAGCAAAGAUAUAAAUAUAUAAAUACAUUUGUGCUGCUAUUGGCUCAUGUCAAAUUGAACAGGAUCACCACACACUGAAGCUAUACAUAUACUGUGAGGGGAGUAAAAAGCACUACUGUCCUGGGUUAAAAAUGUGUUUUUUAAGAAAGUGUUUGUUAAGAAACCCAUCCUACUGAUAUUUUUCUCCACGAGAAUAUUACUUUCUCUUGCACAGUUCAGUAAGGCCAGGCAAAAUAAACUCUAAUAAAAGCAUAAAUACUCCCCCUUUCUAGUAACAGGGUCUACUUUUCUCUUUAUUCCAUCCUGUUUUUGUGAUCUUGCAAAGACCCAGAUUCGGUAUCGUUUGACAUUCAGGUUUCAGCUUUGUGCACAUACCAAUAACAAUAAUAAUAGAAAUAUUAUUAAAAAGAAAUAGGCCAGGCAGGUGGAUGCGAAGAACUGGAGAUAUAUUUUGCCUUGCCUUAAGUAGAACAGUCAGUUUUUGUUUUGUUUUAAAUGAAGUUCAAUUUAUUGAUUUUGAUGUUCUAUAUACCAAUCUCCCCUAGCAACUGAUGGAUCAGUUAGGAGCCCUGAUCGUCAGCCAUAUUGACUUGCACAGUGCAUGUUAAAUCGAUCGUACACUUAUCCAGCAAUUAUAUAUUCACAUUCCUAGACCGCUUUGUCUUUAGUUUUAAUUGGUCAAUAGGAUUAUGAUUGGCUGCACAUUUCAAUAUUUUAGUAGGGUAAGGUUUUAUAGGUGCCUGAAAAAAAAUGAAAAAAAGUAGCUUACAAAUGGAUGUACAGCCAGUGUUAUAAAGAAAGACAAGAUCUACAUGUAGUUCACAGUUUCAGGAUGCUGCAGUAGACUUGACCAAGAAGAUUUCAUAUUAUUUAUUUAUUUGUUAUUUAUCAUAGAGGUGUCUAACAAUAUUUGCAAAAUAGGAGAGAUUAUCCAAUCUAUUUAAAAACAAACAAAAAAUAUUCUAGCACUUGUUUUGUUUUGCUUCAAGACCAAGCACGCUGUUGAAUCGACAGCAGAAAAGCUUUAAAAUAGGGUUAAUGUAAAAGUAGGGCAAGCAUUUGAACAUGAUCCAUAGAGCCGUAUAUAAUACUGUGUGCCUCAGCAUUGCUUCCAGCUUACACAGACCAGCAUCUCCCAACCUCCCCGAGUGUGUUACGCAGAUCCAUACUGUACCUUUCAACUUUUUUCCCAGUCGAUGAUGAAAAUCCUGUACUAGUUAUAGCCCUGAACCCUGCAGGUCAAUGUGAAACUAAGACUUUAACAAAUGUGGGAGAUGUUACCAAAGGUGUUAUAAUCAGUUUCAGUAAAACCCACGCCUUCAGGCGGGUUAUUGUGCUUAUAAAACAGCUUGUGGUGUAAGGGUAUGGGUCUGUGAUUCUCCUGAUUGAAUUGAAAUGAGAUCAGAACAAUUGUUGUACUAUUUUAACCACUUGGGAUUUGAAUGUCACCAGGCAUGUAUUAGAAUUCAUACAGUAUUAGAAAUCACAUUGCCUGUUGGUCUAGUACCCCAAAUCCCCAAUCACCCCUAAUCCUAGAGUAAGGAAUUCCUAUUGGCAACGUUCAGUGCACUUCAUUCUACAUGCUCACUUUAAAGGUAUCACCUCAUCCCUGCAUAUCUGUAAUACCACACUCAUCUACAGUUAAGAUGCUUUAUUCCAUAGACUCUUGAACAGCAAUCAGAUCUCACAGCUGUGAAGAAAGGAGUGUCAGCCUGAAGCAGAGUGCCUAGAGAGUCACAUGUAUAUUAAGGUGCCGCAGAGCAAUGAAACAUGGCAGGCAGUAUUAGUAGGGUAUGGAAACAGGAGGUUGUGGGGGCAUUGUUUAGUGCAGCUAUGUUCUCAUUCAGCACCAAUGCUACAUGUUCAAAUGAUGCCACACAUACAGGGUUACAGUUUGUGACAGUUCAGGCUUUUCAACUCACGUCCCAAUGCAUUCUGGUAAGUGUAGUCCUGCUGUGAAAGGUACCUGAGACAGGUAAACCACCCAGCUAUUGUGGCAUUCUGUCUGACCCCCUCAAUUUCUAUGAGUGUGAGAGGACAGAGCACUUCAUAAAUCCUUGAUAUAAAAACCUUAUUAAGCCUGGUCACACCGUGCCUGUUGUUUUUCUUAGUUACUGAAGCUGGCGCGUUGCAAAGCAUUGCAGACUGUAACACUGAGCUCUUAACAAAAAUAAAGUACAUUAAAGAUUUGGUGCAUUCUGCCUCUCCCAAAAUACAAAAGCCACAAUAAAAGGCUAUUUCCAUAUAUAUUUUUAUAGUUCGCAGUGAAAGUCAAUUUAUAAUACCAAGAAAAGAAAAAAAAAAGCUCAACUAUUUUUUUUUUAAACGAGCUAAACGUUAUGGGCUUGGUAUGGAGUCUCUUCUUUGAAUGUAUUUUGUAUGGAAUCGAUAUAUGAUAUUUUUACCCAAAAAUAAAUACAUUUAAAAAAAGGAAGAACUGUAAUGAAAGGAAGAUGUCAACAGGAUAUGAUGAUGUGCAAUCUCUUGGAUGAUGUUUCUGGCAUGUUUAACCAAAUUUCCUGGAGAAAAACAUUUAUCUCAAAUCCCCCUUUUUAUAAUGUUAAAAUAUUGCACUUGUCUGAAUUAUCCUCAGGUUGUACCUGUAAUUAAAUGUUUCCUAAUAUUCUGAA